AUGAAGUUCACCUCUGCAGCAACGGCUUUCGGCGUCAUCAACAUGGCCCUAGCUGCCCCCCAAUUCCAGCCCAGCCGGGUUGAACCCUCCGGUUUCCCUGAACCAGCUUUCAGGGAACCAUCUCGAUUCCCAGUCGCUGCUGCAAAACGUCAAUUCGAGUUCCCUGAACCUUCAGGUGCAGCUGCUCCUGGCUUCCCAGGGUUUGAAGGCCCUUCCUUCGAACGUCCCUCCAGUUUCCCGGUUAAGAAGCGUCAAUUCGAAUUCCCCGAACCCUCUGGAUUUCCAAGUUUCCCUGGCUUUGAGCGUCCUGGUGCUGCUCCCUCCGGUUUCCCAAUUAAACAGCGUCAAUUCGAAUUCCCUGAGCCCUCGGGCUCAGCUUCUCCUGGCUUUCCAGGUCUUGAGCAUCCUCCUUCCUUCGAGCGUCCCUCUAGCUUCCCAGUUGCAGCAAAGCGUCAAUUCGAAUUCCCCGAACCCUCUAGCUCAGCGACAUUCCCAGGCUUCGAGCGUCGCCCCUUCGGACGGCCCUCCAGCUUCCCAGUUGCAAAACGUCAAUUCGAAUUCCCCGAACCAUCAAGCUCAGCUUUGCCAACUCCUCCCUUUCCUCGUCCAACGUUUCCUGGGGAACCAUCUGGGUCUGCUUUUCCCGUGCCACCGUUUCAGAAGCGUCAGAUUGAGUUUCGGGAACCCUCGGGCACGGUUACGUUGCCUUCUGGGUUUCCUACUCCGCCUCCGUUUACAGCUCCUACGCCUCCUGCUUUUCCUUCGGGUACUGCUCCUGGGGGUUUCCAGGGGCUUGUUGCUAAGGCUUUUGGUGCUUAA